UGGUUUGGUCGAGUGGCCGCUGGGAGUUGUAGUCCUGUAGACAUGAACCUGCACCGAUGAGCACAGACAUAUGUCCACUGACGGUGCUUCACACAUCCUGUCUGUCCUCCUUUGUCCGCGGACACCUGGCUGAGCAGAGACACACCAACAUGGCCGCUCUCGAUCAGUUCAUGUAUUUCGCCUUCGGGAGCAACCUGUUGAGGCAGAGGCUGCAGCUGUCGAACCCCUCUGCCAUGUUCUGCUGCACCGCUCGACUCAAGGACUACAAGUUGAGCUUUGGCCUGUGGAAGAAACACGUGGAGAACUCUUGGCACGGCGGAGUGGCCACCAUCCAGUUCUGUCCAGGCGCUGAAGUGUGGGGGGUGGUUUGGGCUUUGAACAAUGAAAACCUCACAAGCCUCGACAACCAGGAAGGAGUGAGGGAGGGGAUUUACUCGCCACUCGAGGUUUCCGUGGAAACAGACGAAGGGCUGAUGCUCUGCAGGACAUACCAGAUGAAAUCUUUCCACGCCUGCCCCCCCUCUCCUCAGUACAAACAGGUGGUGUGUCUGGGUGCGGAGGAGAACGGCCUCCCAGAGGAGUACAGGAAGAGGCUGGAGGUGAUUCAAACCAACAACUAUAGUGGCCCCUCUAUCCUCGAUCAAAUCAGAACACCUGUCAAAUAAAAAUUUACAAGUUUAAAAAAGAGCUAAUGAUAGGACCUUGUGAUUUCACUUUACAGCAAUUUCUAGGGCUUUCAUUCAUAUCAUAUUCAUCAAGACGUAUGUAAAGUUCAAAUGAAAUAAUAAGGGGACGAUGAAGUCUGGAGACAGAUCUAGUAAGUGGAGCUGGAUUUUAGAUUUUUUUGUCAAACUACUAUUUUAGGUCAAGACCAACUGGCAGCACUGUGGCCAGACGAUAAUAAUGCAUGCUGUCAAUAAUGAGACAUUUGGCUGGACCCUCAUGUUCUUACUUUCUGAGAUGUACAGAGACACACGUAUUUGAUUUUAGAGCUGAGAUAAUGGGUGAGUGAACUGUAUGAAACUGUAUGAAGCAUAUGUGUUUCUCAGGGGAAUAUUAAACACUAAAAACAC